CUUUCGCGAAUUUUACGUUUAAAUUGCCAAUUUCAUUACAAGAACAGUGCUCUCGUGUUAUUUGUUACAAUUCAAUAAGUUCCAUCAUUAUUUUUCCGUUCAAAAACUCGUUCAGUGGUAAAAACAAAUGCCAAACAUGAAGAAAGGAUUUUUACUUGUGGUCGUUCUCCUCCUUGCUGUGAAUUUUGUUGCGAAAAGUACUCGAGGAAAUGAAACUGAGGAACUUUUUGAUGCUAUCAGAUUAGAGAAUGUAGAUGUAGUUACACGUCUAAUUGAGAAUAGUUCACUCGUAAAUGAUAGAAAUUCGUAUGAACUGCUUUCACUUGCGGUAGCUCGGAAUAAAACGGACAUAGUCAAAGCUCUUGUCGAUCAUGGAGCGGAUGUAAAUUCUAGAGAUUACAGUCAUUCUACACCACUCCAUAAGGCUGUUCAAUAUGGUAGACGCGAAAUUAUUGAGUUUUUAAUCACUCGUGGUGCAAAGGUGAAUGCCGAAGAUAAUGAUAAAUGGACGCCACUCCAUAACGCCGCUCGAUAUCGCAAAUUUGAAAUAUUUAAAUAUUUAGUUGAACAUGGAGCAAAUAUAAAUGCUACAACUGUCCACAAGUAUACACCUCUAUCUUUGGCUGUUGCAAGUGGUAGCACGGAGAUUGCCAAAUAUCUUGUCGAACAUGGAGCUGAUGUGAAUUCUAGAGACGAAGAUAAUUAUACACCACUUUUCAGC